AGUGUUCAGAUGCAACAUGUCUAUGCAAAGGUUGGAGGAGAAAACACACACAAUGACUGCAAACCUCAGCUCAGCAUGGAUAGAGCAGGUAGCUGAUGAUACCAACCCUGACUAGAAAAGACCAAUCAGCUGUAACGACAGCACCAAGAAUUUUAAAACAAAUCGAAACAAGUUCAUCCCUCUUAUUUCAGAUUGGGCUUCCGUCUGCCAAGUUUAUCCUGACCAGUAUGGCCAGUUUAGAGUACGACAGAAAACAGUACAUCUACUUCUCAACAACCUCUGAUAACAUCCCUCCUGUUAGCAAGAUUGAGGCUGAGUUUGAAGUGAUUGCCGAACCAAAUUUCAUCAAAGAGAUCAUUGGAGGAUCUCUGGGAGGGUUAAUUUUGCUGCUUCUACUCACUGCUGGGCUGUAUAAGGCUGGAUUUUUUAAGAGCAAGUACAAUCAGAUGGUUGGUGAAAAUGCAAAUGGAGAAACUGAUCAAAUGAAUGGUUGAAGUGCACCCACAAAAUGAUUCAACUCCAAAUCUUUCAUUCAUCUUUCCCUCCCCUCAGGUUAAGUGUUUGUCUCCCUCUCCUAUGCCUCCCAUAUUAAUAACAUCAUUCGGUCUGCCUAGUUCCAUCUCCGUAAUGUUAAUCGUCUUCAUCCCUCUGUAAAUUCUUAUUCAACCGCUGAUUUAAUUCAGUCUGGUCACCUUUAGAUUAUUGUAAUUCACUUCUUUUUGGCCUUCCACCUAAGACCAUUCACAAACUACAGCUAGUUAAAAACACAGUCACCUGGAUUAUCACACAGACUCCUUCAAUAAAUCACUUCACGUCUAUCAAAGCUCCAUUGGCUCCCCAUCAUACAUCACAUCAGCUAUAAAAUGCUGCUCCUUACCUUCAAAACUGUCCACAACCUAGUUCCAACAUAUCUUUCCGGGCUCCUUCACAAUUCUACACCAGUCCCCACCCUUAGA